CAGUUCACGAGACACCAUGCUCUGCCCCAUCAUCUUCCAGCCCAGCCCUCCUCCACCCGGUUUUGCACCCCCAGGCCCUGGGCUGAACCUUCCAGGAUGAACCCCCCACCAGAAGACCCCACAGCUUGAAGCUUCCUCAGUGUCCCUUCACGGCUUCUCUGGUGCCUGCACACGGCUUUCCUGGUGUCCCCACGCAGCUUUCCCGGUGUCCCCUUGCAGCUUUCCCGGUGUCCCCUCGCCAUCCACCAUGUCCUUUGCUAUGUUGCGCUCGGCGCCCAGCCGGUACCUGUAUCCCGAGAUCAGCAUGCUCUCCGAGGAUGAAGAAAACGGCUCCGAAAGCUCCGGUUCCGAUGAGAAGCCCUAUCAUUUGGACGCCGACGGUUUCGGCAUCAAAACCAGCAAACGCAGGAGCAGCAAAAAACCCAACCGGAUCACCAGGGAACCCCGGCAGCGUCACACGGCCAACGCGCGGGAGCGUGACCGCACCAACAGUGUCAACACUGCCUUCACCGCCCUCCGCACGCUCAUCCCCACCGAGCCGGCCGAUAGGAAGCUUUCCAAGAUCGAGACCUUGAGACUGGCUUCCAGCUACAUCUCCCACCUUGGGAAUGUGCUCCUGGUAGGAGAAGCAUGUGGAGAUGGGCAACCGUGCCAUACCACCCCGGCUUUCUACCACCACGGCGGCGGCAGCCCCCCGGCACGCGACACCGAGAAUUCCCAGCCCAAACAGAUCUGCACUUUCUGCCUCAGCAACCAGAGGAAGCUGAGUAAAGACCGAGACAGGAAGACAGCGAUCCGGAGCUAGAUGAUCUGAGUUUUCCCGAAAGGACAAGAAGGAGGAGCAGAAGGAGGAAGGACAGAAAAGCCACACACACAAAACCACAGCCACAGGCACUGCUGCCUUCACCCUGCUGCUGGGGAGAGCCGCACAGCGUCACCCUGAAGGACCUUAUCAUGACCUGGACAUGCAUCCUGGGAGAGACCAGGUGUCCUCCUGGCUCCGAGGGGUGACGACAGACAGGACGUGAUCAUGGAUGCGGCGGGACAUUGCAGGACGGCUCAGAGGAACGCUUGCUGCACAGGGAUGCUCUGCAUUGGCGCAGGCAAUGCAGCUGCUGCCCAGUGAGCCGAAGGGGCAGGGAAUCUGCUCCAGGGAUCCUGGAAAGGACAAUCCUUGUCCCAGACUCUGUGGAUGCCACACACGGCAGCGUGGGGUGGCUUGGAGGAACGCUGGCUGCACGGGGAUGCUCUGCAAGAGUGCAGGUAAUGCAGUCGCUGCCUGGUGAGACGGAGAGGUAGGAGACCUGCUCCGGGAUUCCCUGGAAGGGCAUUCCCUGCCCUGGACAAUGCGGAUACCAUGCACGGCGGCUCAGAGGAACACUUGCUGCAUAGGGAUGCUCUGCAUCAGCAUAAGCAAUGCUGUCGCUGCCCAGUGAGCCGAAGGGGCAGGAGAUCUGCUCCGGGACUCCUUGGAAGGGCAUUCCCUGCUGUGGACUCUGCAGAUGCAACAUAUGGUGGCUUAGAGGAACGCUCGCUGUGCAGGGAUGCUCCGCAAUGGUGCAGGCAAUGCAGCCACUGCUGGGUGAGCCAGAGGGGCAGAGGAUCUGCUCUGGGGCUCCUGGGAAGGGCAUUCCCUGCCCUGGAUUCUGUGGAUACCAUGCAUGGUGGCUUGGAGAAACACCCGCUGUGCAGGGAUGCUCCACAAUGGUGCAGACAACGUAGCCACUGCUGGGUGAGACAGAGGGGCAGGGAACCUGCUCCGGGGCUCCUUGGAAGGGUAUUCCCUGCUCUGCACUCUGCAGAUGCCACACACGGUGUGGCUCCCGGGACAAAGCCGGUGCUCGAAUGUGCCCCUUCCCAGGCCUGACUUGAGCAGCCGGUGAAAAUGCUUUGAGAAACAGUCCACUCUCUUUAUCCCCUUCCAGCUCUGAGCCGCUCCAUCCCCUGCACUCCACGUCCCGGAGGCGCUGCCGUCGUGAGGUUAAUCAAUACAUGCUGGUGUUUCAUGUCAUUGAUCCGGUAAUGGAAAGCCUGGGCUAUUUGUAUAAUUAAAAACUAACACGGUUUAGAAUCUGGGUGGUAGCUUCCUUCUUUCCACACCCCACUUCCUAAAUAAACCUUUGGAUUCACCCUCACCUACACUGCCUUUAAACACCAGCCACUCCGCAAGGGAUGGAGCCGCAGCUCCAAGACUACACCCCGAGCACCGGGCUCGGCCAUUCCGUCAGCUCUGCUGCCUUCGGGAUGGAGCCGAGGGUUCAGAGGGGGAAUCCUUCCUUCAAGGUGGUCCAAGGUGAGCGCUGCCCCCCAGGAUCCUCUGCUCCAGGAUUUCAUGGGUCUCUGGCAUAGUCCCUAUGUCUCCAAAUGGGUGUCACAAGGUUAUAAGGAGCACGGGAUGGGGGGCAGGCUGAAUCCUGGCUCCUCGAGUGGCAGGGAAGGGGCUGCGAGCCCCACA